UUUUCGAUUUGCGAAGACGUAUUGAAGCGGGUACCGAUUGCAAGAAGAACUCUAGAAUAACGGUUAUUUCGGUGUUUGGUAACUUCAACGCAAGUGAUCGAGUGUUUUUUUGUGGCAAAAUGAAGCGAGCAAUACUGUUUAGCGUGUUAUUUGCAGUGAUGAUGAUUGUGGAAAUUCAAUCAGAAGAAAGCCUCUUCGAGCAGGAUCUAGGUGAGCAAUUCAAGAUAGAUGCAUCGACGCAUGGUCUCCAGAAGGUCAAUCUUCGAUGUGGUGCCGACUCGAUGCGAAUUGAACUGAAGACAGAGGAGGAUUUCACCGGGGUGAUGUAUACCCGUGGUAGCUUCUAUAAACAGGCCGAACCCUGCUUUGUGAAACCAAAACGGGCUGGAAAGUCGCUAGAGAUGAAGUUCAACCUGGACCAGUGCCAAACCAUCAACAGCGGCGAGGUGUAUUCCAACAUCGUUGUGGUACAACAUGAUCCCGAUCUGGUCACUCCCGGUGACGCCGCAUUCGCCGUCGAGUGCGACUUCCGGAAACCACGAGGCGUAACCGUCAGUGCCGAGAUCCAAGCUAAGGAUAGCUUUACCACACCAACAUCGCGAAUUACACUGACAAGUCCAGACCCGGGGGCACCCACACAUGCGCACAACGAAAACAACUCGGUUUUCAGUGAAACAGACACGGUCGCGUUUGUCCCAAGUCACUUCUCCAAUCAAACCGCUGAAGAGAAGCGGGUGAAGGGCUCGGUGGAAACGGUCGAAAUUUCAUCCAACAGAAUCACCGAUGAACUCUGAGAAUCUCACAACAUACUCACAGAACAGUAAUGAGUGAGAUUGUAACACAAACAACAAAUUACGACCAAUAUCGCAGAGGAUUAACGCCACUCCAUCAUAUCCUGCAGCGUAAAACGCGCAAAAGCGAUGUUGUUUAAUAUGUUCCAUUACUGUUGCUGUUUUAAGGAAUUAAGUACGCUAGGAUAAGAAAAAAACAUGAUUACCAGAUAUCAUUAACCGGUUAAAAACGGUCGAUAGGAUUAUAAGUGCUUUUCCACUGUUAUAAGUGGCAAAACCGACCAGUUUAUGCGCAAAAGUGUGAAUGCGAAUGAAAGAAAAGUGAUAAUUUGUAUUAAAAUAAUAAAUUGACCAUUAAGAAAUAAUUAAAUAUUUGAAAACAAACAUUACUCACAGUUCAGUUAGAUAUGUUACCAAAACAAGUAUCUGAACAUGAUCAACUCCAUCCUCUGUAGGAACCUUGAACCACAGCGAUCAUUAGUU